UGAAUAAUUUACUGGCGCGAAACCCAAGGAACUAGCACCUGUACCUGGACCCCGUUUCCUUGAUCCUGUACCUUACCAAGACCAAGAACUGAACAUGCUGUGUACUACUGAUGAGAAUAGCCCCUCUGUGGCCAACACAAUUCCAGUCGACAGCAAAGAGGCUCCUAUAAAGACAAAACAAGAAAACAUGACAAGCACUGCCGCCCCCCCAGUUGUUGUCUCCCCAAAGGUUUACCAUGACGAACAACAGUAUCUAGAUUUGAUUGAGCGAAUCAUCAGCCAAGGAUCUGAGAAAGGAGACAGAACUGGAGUAGGUACUCGAUCUAUCUUUGGAGCGCAGAUGAGGUUCAACCUGCGUGAGCAGUUUCCACUACUGACCACAAAACGUGUUUUCUGGAGAGGUGUGGCCGAGGAGCUGCUCUGGUUCGUGGCAGGAUCCACUAAUGCCAAGGUUCUCAGUGAUAAAAAAGUCAAGAUAUGGGAGGCCAAUGGAUCCAGAGAUUUUCUGGACUCGAGAGGACUCCAGCACAGGGAGGAGGGUGACCUCGGUCCAGUGUAUGGGUUUCAAUGGCGUCACUUUGGGGCCACUUACAAGGACAUGCAUGCUGACUACUCUGGCCAAGGAGUGGACCAGCUUGCCCAGGUCAUUGAAACUAUAAAGACACGACCUAAUGAUAGGAGGAUUAUCAUGUCUGCAUGGAACCCUGUGGACCUCCCCAAGAUGGCGUUGCCUCCCUGUCAUGCCUUUGUUCAGUUCAAUGUCUGUAAUGGGGAACUCUCUUGUCAGCUGUAUCAGAGAUCAGCAGAUAUGGGUCUUGGUGUUCCCUUCAACAUUGCCAGCUAUGCUCUCCUCACCUACAUGAUAGCUCACGUCUGCAAACUCAAGCCUGGAGAUUUUGUCCACACUUUGGGAGACGCUCAUGUCUACUUAAACCACAUUGAACCACUUCAGCAACAGCUGAAGCGUAAGCCUCGUACCUUUCCCACUCUGGAAAUAACUCGUGAGGUGAACAGUAUUGACGAUUUCAAGUUUGAGGACUUUGUCAUCAAUGGAUACAAGCCACACCCCAAGAUUCAGAUGGAAAUGGCAGUCUAGAGAAGCUAGCUACAUAUGAACACUGAAGCGGACUGAGAACACAAUUUUUAUUCAGCAUGUAAUUUGGCCGAAAUUGGCAGUAUCUAUGGUUAAGAUUUACAUCAACUCCAAA